CGGAAAAUGAGGCAGAAACAAACAAAAAAUAGUUAAUUUUCUAAAUAAGUGUUAAUAUUGUGUUCAUAAUAAAUAAAACUAUGUUGAGAAAGUUUAGUACAAAGUCUAGUUUAAUUAAUUACUACACAACUCCUAUUUAUUAUGUGAACGCAGAUCCCCACAUCGGGCAUCUGUAUAGUUCGUUGAUUGCCGACGCCGCGCAGAGAUGGCGCCGUAUGUCGGACAGAAGCGCACCAAUAGAAUUUUCCACGGGCACCGACGAGCACGGCACGAAAAUUCAACAGGCGGCCAGCAAAUUUAGCAAAUCGCCUGCGAAUUAUUGCGACGAAAUUUCAUCGAAAUACAGGAAAUUAUCCGAUCAAUUCGGCGUUAGUUAUACGAGAUUCAUCCGAACUACGGACGAGGAGCAUAAAGAGACUGUUAAUAAGUUUUGGGACGCGUUAAAAAAGAACAAUCUCAUCUACCGGGCGGCUUACGAGGGCUGGUACUGCGUGUCAGAUGAGUGUUUUUUGACGGAAUCGCAGCUAAAAGAAAGCACCGUGGACGGUCGCAAAGUAAUUGUGUCCGGCGAAAGCGGACAUCCGGUCGAGUGGACGCAAGAGCAGAAUUACAUUUUUAAACUCGGCUCGUUCCGAGACGAUCUGCUCUAUUGGCUCAAACAGAACGACUUUAUUAUAAGACCACAAAAAUUCCAAAAAAUCCUCAUUAACCAGAUCAGCAAUGAAGAUUUGCCCGAUGUAUCGGUUUCCAGACCGUCGUCAAGGGUAAGUUGGGGUAUAAAAGUUCCCGAAGACGAUUCUCAAACCGUAUACGUUUGGUUGGAUGCGUUGGUUAAUUAUUUAACAGUGGCUGGAUAUGCGAAUAAAACCGAACAAGACUUCAACAAAGUAUGGCCACCAGACGUUCAAGUGAUAGGAAAGGAUAUUUUAAAGUUCCACGGCAUAUAUUGGCCGGCCUUCCUGAUGGGAGCCAACCUCGAGCCACCCAGAUCGAUCCUGUGCCACUCGCAUUGGACCGUCGACGGGGAAAAAAUGUCGAAAUCGAAGCGCAACGUCGUCUGUCCGUUCGUGCAGGCGGAAAAGCACACGUCAGACGGUCUGCGAUACUUCUUGCUCAGAGAGGGUGUCGCUCACAGCGACGGAAAUUUCAGCGAAACAAAACUGACAAGAAUCUUGAACAGCGAACUGGCCGACACGCUGGGCAACCUUCUGAACCGUUGCACGGCACUCAGCUUAAACCCGAAUCAAAUUCUGCCCGAGAUAGAAAUCGACUCGUUCGAAUCCAUAUCGAAGCUGGACGUGACCAAAAAGCUGAUAGAUCACGUGACCAGCUUGCCAGAAACUUGUCAGCAACAUUACGAGGACUUGAACUUUUACAAAGUGGUCGACAGCGUUGUGGCAACUCUGCAUUCGGCAAACUUAUUUUUCGAAACGCUGAAACCCUGGCAGCUCAAAAAGGAUCCUACAACGUUGAACGAUCUCAAUGUUGUUUUGCACAUCACCAUGGAGACGCUACGGGUUUCGGCUGUUUUAUUGCAACCCAUCAUUCCGAAUAUAACCGAUAUGCUUUUAAAUAAAAUUAACGUACCAAAAGACGAGAGAUACUUUGAUAACUUGCGAUUGUUUUCCUGGAGCAAUAGAGAGUUUAGAGAAAGGAAUCUGUCCUCUGAAAAGGCGGUGCUAUUUCAAAGGAUAAUAUCAGAGGAAGCAGACAACAAAAAGAAACAAAAGAGAAAGACUUAAGUAAUGAGUGUAUGCUAUAAAAUAUUUAUAGCCUUUGUUGAAAUAAAGAGUGUGUG